GAGCCUGGGCGUCAGGCGGAAAAGCUGGUAAUCGAUCGAAAGGCCAGUGCCCUGGAGUUGCAGCGUACGUACAGCCUUCUAAUCGAAGCCGUGGUGCUGAGCGAUGCGCCUCCGAAGCAUGACAAGCAGUUUAUUGUGCACGGUGUGCUCGGUAUCAUUUCGCUGCAUACGAGUGACUUUUUGGUGGUGAUUACGAACCGCAAGCGCGUGGCGCACAUCCUUGGCUCGACGAUCUAUCUUGCAACAGACUUUCGCAUGCUGCCGAUCCAGAGCGCAGCAAACCCAUCGCUACUCUCGCACCCGAUCGAGAAGCGUCUGAUCGCCCUUGUGAAGGAGGCCCUUUAUUCGGGACCCCUCUACUUUAGCUACGAGAUGGACCUGACGAGCAGCAUGCAGCGCCAAGUUCAGAGCGCCGGCGACGAAGGCAAUGUGCCCCUGUGGAAGCGGGCGGACGAGCGUUUCUUCUGGAAUCGCCACCUGCAGGAGCGCCUGAUUCAGCACACGCUGGCGCACCCCGACCAGGACCUGUCCGGCUUUAUCAUGCCCGUCAUCUUUGGCUUCUUGCAAGUGAAGCUCGCGUCAAUCCAUGGGCGCUCGUUUGUGCUGGGCCUCAUUGCGCGCCGCUCGCGGCAUCGUGCUGGCACACGCUUCUUUUCACGUGGCAUCAACGAGGAGGGCCAUGUGUCGAACUUCAACGAGACAGAGCAGUUCGUGCUGCUCGACCCCCCCAGCCUGCAGCAGCCGCAGGAUGUGGAAGACGUCGAGGGCGUGCAGCGCCUGAGCUUCGUGCAGACGCGCGGGAGCGUGCCGGUGUACUGGGCGCAGAUCAACAAUUUGCGGUACCAGCCGGACCUGCUGAUUCCCGACGACCCCCGCGCUGCGGCGUCGUUCGAGAAGCACAUGCAAGCACAAGUCGCGGCGUACGGCAAGAACUAUCUCGUCAACCUCGUCAACCAAAAGGGGUAUGAGAAGCCUGUGAAGGAGGCGUACGAACAUGCAGUGCAGGUGCUAGACCACCCCCUCCUCCAGUACACCUACUUUGACUUUCACAACGAGUGCAAAGGCAUGAAGUUCGGCAACGUAUCGAAGCUGAUCGAGCGCCUGCAGCAGCAGGGUCUCUCGAGCAGCGACUCGUUCUCGCUCGACACAACAGGCGCACCGCGCCUGCGCCUGCAGACGUCGGUCGUGCGAACUAACUGCAUGGACUGUCUCGACCGCACGAAUGUGGUGCAAUCCAUUCUGGCACGCUGGGUCCUCAACGAGCAGCUGCGCAGCGUCGGAGUUCUGCCUCCCGCCGAUAUGACGGAGAACUACGCGAGCUUCCAGCAUCUGUUCCGUAACAUGUGGGCGGACCAUGCGGAUGUUAUCAGCAAGGCCUACUCGGGUACCGGCGCGCUCAAGACCGACUUCACGCGCACUGGUAAGCGCACCUCCGAGGGUGUGCUGCAGGACGGACUCAACUCGCUGACCCGGUAUACCAAGAACAACUUUUUCGAUGGCCAGCGCCAGGACGCCUUUGACCUGAUCACUGGCGCGUGGGACCCCCGCGCUCAAACGCCGUUUGUCGACACACGCAACUGGAUGGUGAAGUUGAUGCCCUGGGCUAUAUACCUGAGCGCCUUCUUUGUGAUUGCAUCGCGGUGCCUACCGGCUGGUGAUAAGACUCGCCCUUACUAUAUCGAUACCGGCGUCGUGCCUGUGUUCGAGCUGGUGUGGGUCGCCGUCGCCGUCUCGGCGCUCGUGUACGUAUGGCAGCAUGGCCUCUUGUACGUCGGUUGGCCGUCCCUGAACCGCCCCGAGGCGCUCAUGUUCUACAGUACGUACGGAAUACUCACCUCAGCCGGCCCUGGCUACUACUCCGGUCUGCGCGGCCGCCGCGGCACGCCGAACGACCCCUACGCGUUGGACCAGGCCCAGCGGGCCGCAAAGAAGCUCUCUGGCGAGGCGCCCAAGGAGCCCGUGGUGUCCAAGAAGAGUGGCCACGUCUACGAGAGGCGGCUCAUCGAGCAGUACAUCGAUGAGCAUGGUACAGACCCCGUGACGAAAGAGCCGCUCGCUAUGGACGACCUGCUUACGCUGCAGUCCAGUACGUGUCCCCGUCUCACCCCAGCGCCCCGCACGGCAUUUCCACGCCCCCCUACACACUCUUCUGUGCCGUCUCUUCUCGGCGCGCUUCAGAACGAGUACGACGCAAUGGUGUUCGAGACGCUCGAGCUGCGCAAGCAGUACGACGCGGUGCGCCAGGACCUCGCGCACGCGCUUUAUACGAAUGAUGCAAGUAUGCGCGUCAUUGCACGCCUCAUGAAGGAGCGCGAUGACGCGCGCGAGGCGCUCGCCAGUGUGCACGCGUCGCUGGGCGGCGCGAGCGGCGACGUCGAUAUGACACACGAAGAGGCCCCCGCGUCCGCCGGUGGCCUCACACUGCCCGCCGAUGCGGCCGCAGCCAUCGAUGCGACGGCGGCGCAUGAGUCAGGUGAGCGCCGCGCGCGCAUCAAACGCGGCGCGCCUGCGCCGUACCCCACGCCGGCCACAGCCACGAAUCUGCACGAGACGCAGUCGAUCUCUGCGCUGCACAGCGCCUCAUCGCCCGGCAUCCAGGCUCUCGACGUAAGUGCGAACGGCGCACUUUUGCUGACGGGCGGCCUCGACAAGACCGUGCUCGUGCUCGAGCGCGCCACAGACAAGGUGCUGGCCACGCUCCAGGGCCACACGCAGGCCGUGACGGCCGUGGCGUUCUCUGGGCGUAGCAAUGCUGCGGCAGGCCCCGGAUCAAGCGAGGCGCCGCUACCCCCGUUUGCUGUGAGCGCGAGCGCCGAUAAAUCGGUGCGUGUGUGGCGCCACACCGGCGAGACGUACGAGCUGCUACAUGUACUGCAAGGCGCCGAAGCCGAGAUCACGGGCGUCGAUGUCCACCCUACCGACGCGUUUGUUGGCUGCGCGAGCAGGGAUGGCUCGUGGGCCCUCUAUGCGCUCGACUCGGGCGCGUGCCUCUUGCGUGUACCGCCGCCCACUCAUGCGGGCGACGACGGCGCUGGCAUGGUCUACACGUCGUUUGCCUUCCAUCCCGACGGGCAGCUGGCCGCGACGGGCACGGCCGAUGGCGCGAUUCGCGUGUGGGAUGUGAAGCUGGGGCGCCAGAGUGCCCUGUUUACCGGGCACGCAGGCGCCGUACACAGCCUGCACUUUUCGCCGAAUGGCUACCUCCUCGCUGCGGCAUCGCGCGACGACGCCCAUGUCAAGGUUUGGGACCUGCGGAAGCUCGCGGUUGCGCGCACUAUCGAGGCGACGCCUGGCAUUGAGCAGGUGCGCUUUGAUCCGACGGCACAGCUCCUCGCGAUUGUCGGCGCCGAUGUGCGUGUCAUGGGGGGCAAGACCUUCGAGCCAUGCUUUGUUUCGGAGCCGUGCACACUGCCCGCCACGAGUGUGCAGUGGAGCCCUGUGGAUGGCGCCCUCCUU